AUGUGUUCCAAGGGCACAACUUUGGGAUUUGGCAUCCCGUCCAUAGAUUACAAUGAUUUACAUACCCAAAUCAUCCAAAUCCCCAUACUUGGCCGCUCUUCCCAACGUGAUGAUUCUGUAUCAGCUGCCUCCCCAGGUCAUCCGGGGUGGCUGGCAGAUUCUCAUUGUCUCAGCCUCUGCUGCAGCGUGGCUGCAGCUUUCUUGACUUAUUGCUGCUUUCAGCCGGAGGCUGACAGGCCAAUACCUUCAUGGGCUGCCAAUAGAAGCUGCCAGCCACGUGUUGCUGUGAAGAAGCGGUACCUUCGAGCGCAUGAACAUUUGAAGGCGCAGAUCAAAGGUAGCCAGGGCUUACACCUCAGCCACAACUCGUGGUGUGGUGAUGCUUGGAAGUGGCAGGAUAUGAAUUGA